AUGUACUCAAAUCCUCCUAUGAAUUACCCUUAUCUUACACCUUCAUCUCAUCAAUGGAGCAUCCCUCCUACCUAUCCCACAAACCCCUCUUUCACAACUCCUAUCACACCUUCAUUUCCAUCCUUUCCAUGGGAACUUUUCUCAUCCUAUUACACAAAUCCAUAUGUUCCAACAUCAUCACCAAGUUUGUAUCCAAAUCAUGGAUAUUCACCACAUCCACCUAACCCUAAUCCAUAUUCAUCUUACUCAUCAUCUCCUUAUUCAUAUUCAUAUGACUACAAUAUUUAUCACCAACAACUCCAACCAACCAACACCUCCUCCAUAAUUUCUCAUCAAUAUCAAACCUAUUCUAGAAAUAGAAGAGAUUUUGAUAAAUAUCUCCAACUGACUCAUUCCUCUUUUAAGAAAUUAUCUCAAAAAAAUUCUCAAAAGCUUUCUGUUUCGCGAAAAAAACAAAAAGCUAAGUUUCCCAAAGUUCUCUUUGAAACAAAUCUAAAACAACAAUCAGAACAAACUCAUAAUCCGAACAUGGUCGGAUUUUCUGCUUUCAACUUUGAAUUGUCUUCUUUCACCGCGACUUCUUCUAUGUUCGGAUCUUCAUCGGCGAAUUCAACACAGUUUGGAGCAUCUUUUUCGAACCCAUUUGGAGCACCGUCGGAUUCUCCACCGUUUGGAGCAUCUACCUCGGCUUCUUCGACUUCUUCAACGCUGUUUGGGGCACCAUCGUCGUCCUCGACCUCUUCGACUCCGUUGGGAUUUGCGUCUUACAUAACACCGUUUGGAGGAACUUCAUCUGCUUCGACAACAUCAACUCUGUUUGGUGGAACAUCAUCUACGACUGCAACAACAACAUCCGUUUUUAACUCAUAUGAGACCGGCGCGAAGAUAUUGUUGUUUAAUGAUGUUUUAGAACAUAAUGCAUAUAAGGUGUUUGAUAAAAUACCUCUCUAUGUUUCUGAUGAGCUUACGUCGGAAGAUACUGGUUCUAUUGUUUCUAUUGAAGCUGAGAAUGACGAGGAAAGGAUUGUGGAUGGACAAGGUUUUCGAAUUAGAGCAGAUUGUGAUGGAUACUCUACUGCUAGUUCAAUUGAUUAUGAUGGUUUUAGUGACAGCGUGAUGCAACACCGUUCCCAACAACCACGGUUCCCAGGGGAGUUAGAUUUGGAGUUGCAGCAAGGUUUCCCUUUGAAUACCAUAGCGAAACCUCCACGACCUCCGGAACCUCCAGUUGUGUUGAAUGCCUCAGCAGGCUCAUAUAUUAGCGCCGAGACAGAAUCUAUACGUUGUGAUUUUUCUGCAACAUUAUCACCAAAAGUCCCUUUGACUUCUCAAGAAAUCACACCUUCACCAGCAGUAGAAUCAAGUUUUGAACCCCCGGGUCAGAUCAAUUCACAAAAAGCAAUAGAAGAAGGCGAGGAAUAUCUUGAGGUUCAAAAUUGUGGCGUGGAAACAAAUGAUCAUCCACACUCAAUCUCAUUGGAGUUACACGACCCUACCGGUUCCACGACUAACAACAACACCGAAAUUGUGAAUUUUGAUUCUGCGGCAAUAGAAAUAGUUAUCGAAUCACUGACAUUAGCAUGGCCAGAUGCACCGGGAACAAGCUUUGAACCCUUGACUGAACUUGGUCUACAUACUGAAACAGAACCUCAAGUAUCGGAAGCUGUAGCAUAUAUUGAGAGCCACCAUCCUACUGAGGAAACCGAUAUUGAGAUUGAUGCCGCUUCCGAGGUUAGUGCUGAAACCGAAACUGAAAAUGAAGGUUCUCAAGUGAAAGUGGAGAUGGAUGUUCUCACUGGUGAGAUGGUAAUAAUUCAAUUGCCUCAAGUGUCGGUUUAUCUUACGUAUGGUGAUAAAGAUUUUGAAAAGUCAAUAGUAUAUUACAGCAAAUUUGGAGAUUAUUCAAAUUCUUCUCAAAUGGCAUUCUUUCUCAAUUAUUCUCGCACUCUUCGUUUCAUUCGUUCUCCCAUUCCCGCAAUGCUUCUUUCUUCUUCUGCAUUUCAACAAGGUGAUUAUUUGGUGCUAAACAAGUGCAAGCCGAUGGAUUUCGGUAAUGCUUGUUGGACGUAUAAACAAUUUACGAAUGAUAUUCAGACAAGGCAAUAUAGAUGUCCCGAGGUUCUUCUUGGUUCCAACUACUCAACUCCAGCUGAUAUGUGGUUCUUUGCUUGCUUUUGCUUUGAGCUUGCCACUAGUGAUGUUCCUUUUUAUCCUCACAGUGGUGAUAACGAUGAUAGGGAUGGGGACCAUCUGGCGUUGAUGAGGGAGCUUCUUGGAAUGAUGCCUCGCAAGAUUGCUCUUAAUGGUCGUUAUUCCCGACACUUUUUCAAUAGAUGUAGUGAUUGGCGACACAUUUGUCGGUUGCGGUUCUGGCCUAUCACUAAGGUGCUGCAUGUGGGUUGCAAGAGUGGAAAUUGCAUAUGGUCUGCUUCAUAUCCCAGAAACAAGGCAUCUGCUAGAUCUGUCAAGGGGAUUAAGAAAAUUGGUGUCAUUGGUUCUCCUUUCACAUUUGCCACUACAUUAGAGCAUGAAUACAAGAGUGAUAUCUUUGGAGAGAGAGGAAUUUUAUUGGGUGCCGUUCAUGGAAUUGUUGAGUCCUUGUUUAGAAGGUACACUGAAAAUGGAAUGAGUGAAGAUCUUGCUUAUAAGAACACUGUUGAGUCCAUAACAGGAGUAAUAUCUAAAACCAUCUCAACUCAGGGCAUGUUGGCUGUAUACAAUGCUUUAUCUGAAGAUGGAAAGAAGGAAUUUGAGAAAAGUUAUGGUAAAGCGGUGCAAUUCUUUACCAUGUUCCGAAAAUCAAAAUUACCUUGCAUGAUAAAAUUGAUUUUUCAAGUUCUGAAUUUUGUGUUGCAAAUAAUCAGUGACAAUUUUUCAUUCAAGCAAUGGGAUCCAGGAACAAUAUCUCUAUUCUCAUAUUGA